UCGAACCGGUUCGCUUCAUAAACGACUUCCCCUUGGGGUAAUUAUUGCUGAUCCAAACACCCCUUUUUGCUGCUAAACCGGCCCUGUGCAAUGCGCUUCCGUUCUGGAAAAAACUGCAAAGCGAAAAGUCAACAAAACGUGAAAAUUACAAUUUUAAUUCGAAUAAUUUGAUGAAAUGCUCAUUUAACUGGGACAGUUGCUUAGUUAAUGGCAGCGGCUGCAUUUGGCCAGUUUUGCCAGUUCGCUGGCAACAUUUGUGGCAGCUGCACGGGAUCAAAAAAAAAAUGCUGCUGGAUGAGUUCUGUGUGAAGGUCUAUUUCUGGCCAUUUCUAUCGUACUUGGCCAGCAUUAAGGGCUGGUGUCCGCCAUAUCCGCCAGGUUAUUACACCUUCUAUCCAUUGCCCCAGCCGCCGACAGUGCCAUUAACAACGUCCACAUCCAACUACGCAGUGUAUCCGACGUUUCAACCGACGCCGCCGUUUCCCACUCCAGGAAGCACAUCAUCAUCAACCUCAUCCACAUCCACAACAACAACAUCGACUACGAGUACUUCAUCAUCGGCAACGACGACAACAACAACAACCGGCAGCACUUCGUCGGGCAGCACCUUUCCCGCGCCCACGUGUCCAUCGUCGCCGUUUGUGUGUCUGCCUGGAGGCGUGCGUCCACUGCCGGAUUGCCCCUGCAUCGAUCCGAGGCAGCAGCAGCAGCAGCCGCCUGCUAUCGGUUCGGAUAUGAUGGUCUUUAUGCCACUGAAUCCAGGUCGACGUCGUCGUCGUCGCCGGCGGCCCCAGCUGCAGAGCUGCCAGGAUGCACGCGGUCGCGCCGGCAGCUGUGUGCCGUUGGGCAGCUGCGCUCACCUGAUCCAGGAGUACCAGGCGGCGGGCACAGCUGGCAGCGACUUUCUGUCGUUUCUGGGACAGUCCAUUUGCGGCUUCGAUGGCGCCAGCUUUCUGGUCUGCUGCGCGGCGUCUCGUGCGCCCCUGGUCAGCCGAAGCCCCAAGGAGUAUGCGCUGCCCAGCGGUCCACCGAUUGGCGCCUUUUCCUUCUCCUCGCUGGGCGCCGCAGCCACGCAGCCGCCCGGGCAGCCCAUCAGCGUCUUUCAGCCCACGCCGCCUGUCAACCAAGCUCCAGGAAUAGUAACUGCUCCUGCUCCAUCUCCAGCCGUACAGCCGAGCGACUGUGGCAUUGGAGGCGCCACCACAAAUCGCGUGGUGGGCGGAUUGCCGGUGCGCAGAGGUACCUAUCCGUGGAUUGCGGCGCUGGGCUACUUUGAGGAGACCAAUCGAAAUGCCCUGAAGUUUCUCUGCGCCGGCAGCCUGAUUAGUUCGCAAUUUGUCGUCACCUCGGCGCACUGCAUCAAUCCAAUGCUGACCCUGGUCAGGCUCGGUGCACACGAUCUGUCCAAGUCCGCCGAGCCGGGUGCCAUCGAUUAUCGCAUCAGGCGCAGCAUUGUUCAUGAGCAAUACGAUUUGGCUUCCAUUGCGAAUGAUAUUGCGCUAAUUGAGCUGAACGUGUUAUUUUUUUUACCAGGCGAUAUACGUCCCAUUUGCCUGCCCGAGGCGAGCAGGUUCCAGCGCGAGGAUCAAUUCGUGGGCAUGAAUCCGUUUGUGGCGGGCUUUGGGGCAACCAAACAUCAGGGCGCCACCUCCAACGUGCUGCGCGAUGCACAGGUGCCCAUUGUCUCGCGGCAGAGCUGCGAGCAGAGCUACAAGUCUGUCUUUCAGUUUGUCCAAUUUAGCGACAAGCUGAUCUGCGCUGGCAGCUCCAGUGUCGAUGCCUGCCAGGGGGAUUCCGGUGGACCACUUAUGCUGCCGCAGCUGGAUGGCGGCAUCUAUCGCUAUUACUUGCUGGGCAUUGUUUCCUUUGGCUAUGAGUGCGCCAAGCCUGGCUUUCCGGGCGUCUAUACGAGAACCAGCAGCUACUUGAACUGGAUACAUCACAUAUUACGUGGCGUUUCCAGGGGCAGAGCACGGCGAUUUGUCACGCACAAUCCUUGACUUGAAAAAGAUACCUGUUCCCAAAAAUAUAGCACUU